AUGGACCCGCUGCAAGGGCAGCGUUAUGCUCUCUCUCUCGCCACCGCCGAUCCUCCCAAGCACGACAAGAAGGAUGAUUCCGACCGUCUUCUUCUUCUCUUGUUGCUUUUGCUUAUUUUUCCUGCUGGCUUUUUGAUGUACAUAUUGAUUCGUUGCUGCCGUAAGUACCGAUACCGUUGUCUUGCGAGGAAAAUAAAGCUGUGGGGCUCACGGCAUUCAGGGGACGUGGAUACUCCUGAGAUAGACCGAGCCAUUGGCGGCGGAGAGUGGUUGACGGAUAGAAAACGCCUUGAGGGAGAUGCUACCGACAAUAAAGUUGCUUUGCUUGAUGUGUCGAAGCCGGCGGAGAAGUUUGACCCUAUCCUUGAUGAGGCGGAGAAGCACAAGAAGCGGUGGCAGCGCUAUCGCAACCUCGGGGACGCCGAAAUCAACAACACCGACGAGUUUGAUGCAGAGAAGGAAGCGGCGGCUGACGUCACAGACGGCAGUGCGGCCCCACAAGCCUCCGGAAAUGUCGGGGCGUACGACGCGGCAACGACGCGUGUGUGGCUGAAAACUCUUGUUGGUGAAACAAACGUUGAUGCCGACGGCUUGGACGUUGCUGACAAGGCUGGGGUGAGUUCACAGGCAUCUGCGGCUGAGCAAAGUGGCAAGGCUGGCAUCAGCCAUCAAAUUUACAGGGUGAACAGCGGGUGUGGGCAGCAAGCCCAAUUUCCGCGUGGUCGAACAAUAAGCCGAGGCUUUGAUGAGAUGUUGGCGACUCUUGCCCCGCCUGAAGCGCUCAGCGGGGCAUUUCACGACAAGAACUGCAUCAAGCGUGAAAGCCCUUUAGUUGUUGAUGUAGUCGUCGCGGAGAAGGAUGAAUUUGCGGAAGACAAGGAUGAGAAAGAAGCAGUGAAGGAAAGCGAAGAGGAGGAUAAAAAGGAUUAG